AAAUGCUUUAAAAUUCCUUCUCACUUAUACAAACGUUUGUGGGAUUAAAGCAUCAAGGAUAUAAAAAGAACAAAAAUGUGUGAAAAAUUUGGAAUUUUACUUUCUUUAUUGGUCCUUUUCCAAACUCAGUUCGCAGAUGGUAAUAAUAAGAACACAACAAAAGGAGAAGAUUUUCCUGUUUACAGAGUAGCAACAGUAUUGAAUUAUCCAUGGAUGAUGGCGGCAAAAACUGGAUAUGAAGGUAUUUUAGUCGACUUACUCGAAGAGAUUACAAAAAUUGCGAACUUCACGUUCAGUUUUGACAACAGUCCAAAUAAAGAGUACGGACGAAUAAAAUAUACAGCUGAAGGCAUUCAAGUCAAUGGCGUGAUUGGGGAUUUAGUCUCAAAUACAGCUGAUUUAGCGGUCGCCGAUCUAAUGAUAUCAGAAAUCAGAUCUAGUGUCGUGGCAUUCUCAAGUCCAUUCGCAACAACUGGGGCUCAAAUAUUGAUGCGGCAUCCAGAUAUAAAGGGAACUCAAAGCUUUGGCUUGCUCUUUAUGCCUUUCUCACUAGCUCUUUGGAUGUGUAUCAUUGCGGCUUUGCUUAUAUCAGCUGCUGUACAAUAUAUCAUAGACCGACACAGUCAACCAGAUGGACAGAGCGCUUUUCAAAGUUUACAUUACACUUUGUCUUUGUUUCUUCUCAAAGACACUCGAGAUUUACACCCUGUUUCAACUGCUCGCAGGAUUUCAUCGGUAUUUUUUUGGACAUUUUCUUUACUAAUUAUUGUCUCAUAUAUAGCUUCAUUGGCAGCGUAUAUAUUGUUCUCUUCUACACAAAAACCAGUCAUUCCGUUUAAAACAUUUGACCAAAUGUCAAAACAGGCUGAUGUUCAAUACGGUGGCUGGUAUGAGAUGCCACUCAACUUAAAUGAUAACGUGCAAAUAUUAAUGAAUAGACAUAUUCGCUCAAGAUACACCUAUUAUUCUAACAUUGAAGAAGCUGUUGAAAGAGUCAUGGACAUUGAUAAACCCUUUGCAGCAGUUGUAGAAGGGUACGAGGGACAAAAGGUGAUAAAUCAAAAUUGUGAACUAAUGCUUUUACAAGAAAAAUUGUUUGAAAUAGAUUACGGUCUAGCUUGUCGUAGAGACAAUCAAGGACAACAACUUUGUUCUGACAUAUCAGAAGCAAUAACAAAUCUUACGGAAACUGGAAAGCUCUUUGCCAUAAUGGAUAAGUGGUGGCGAUCAUCAAAUACUUGCGAUAAAGUAUCAGAAGAUAGUUUCAUAACCGGACACUUAGGUGGAAUUAUAUUUGGAAAUUUUAAGCCGAUUGACGUAUCUGAUAUGUUAUUGGUUUUCGUUUUGCAAUUGAUAGGAAUCGUAAUAAGCAUAUCAGCAACUGUUGUGGAACAAAAAUGUUGGAGAACUGACCAAUGUCAUAAGGACUGUCAAGAUGUAAUAAAGAGAGAAAGUGGAUCGAAUGGAACAGAUAAACUUGAAAACACAGCAAAAGAAUCAAGAUUUGAGGAAACAGUUAAUGAAAUCCCAGUCACAGAUUAACCCGAAUGUCCUGAUAUUGAUGCAUAAUAACAUGAAAUUAAAUACUUUUUAAGACAUAAAAUAUAUAUUUCAACUCUCUUUUGUUAAAGAAACAGCAACAUUUAUUGUGAUCUAUAAAGAUGUUAACAGCCAGAAUAUCGGCAUAUUUGUAUAAAAUCAGAUUAAUAAGUGAAAGGGAUGUUAUUAUUGUUGUUUUUAACCAAGAGAUAGCUUGUUAUGUUUACGAAUUUUGCAAGACAAUUAAUCCAACUUAACUUUGGUUGUACAUGUAACAGUGUAACAGUUGUAAAUAAUUAAUAUUUAUAUUUGGCAUGUGCGAAAGAAUUUUUUUGAAAUAGAUUUAUGUUACGUGUACAUAUAUAAAUGUAUACAUUUAACCUACAAAUCAAGCAAUGGUUUUCGUUUUUAAAAAUAUCAUAUUACAUUCUUUGCAAUAACGUUAGUAAAAACUUUGAAUACGUUUCAAAUUGAAAUAUAUUUUUUUCUCAACAUUUAAUCAACCAUAAUUGCAGAAAUCAUCUACCUUUGAAUUACUCUGAAACAUUUUCUUUUCUGUUUAUUUAGUUUUCCAUUUUUUUGUCGUUUAGGACAAAUUUAAUGUUCUACUUUGCGACCAUAUGUCGUUCUUUUGGGCAUUCUAAAAGGUGUUCAAUUCUUUUCUAUAUUCAUACUAAGAUGGCUCAUUUUUUGUAUCUUAGUACAUGUACUAGAUUAAUUAUCAAAAAACACUUUUAAACACUAGUGAAAAAAUGUUUAAACAGAAAAUUAGCGCCAUGACUAAAGACUUAAGGUUGAAUCGUAUUUCAAUAUGUUUUGUUAUUUUCGUUCAAUUUUUAUUGUUAAAGUUGUCAAUAGGAACUACUGUCAAAGGGAUAUUGUAUAGAUCAUUUAUUUCACUGAUUUAAGCUUUUACUUUCAUCUUUUAAAUGAAUUUGGCUGAUCAAGUAUAAGAGAUCUGUGAAGUUGGCCCAUAUUAUGUGGAUAUUGAUGUAUUGAACAAAUUAAACUUUCACCCUUAAUCUGACACGAAUUAUGUGUAAAUACAAUAUAGCCAUUCAUAAUUUUAUGGAAACAUUUCAUGGCGUUGGCCCCGGAAAUGAGAAAUCUAACAAUAUGUCGGC